GAAGAUUAAAAAGAACACAAACAUGGCGCCUCCAACAGAUUUUCCGCCCGUCGUUCUCUUUGGAUAUGACUCAAGUCCGUUCACGAAUAAAGUACGGUUGGCGUUGAGGUUGAAGCAGAUUCCAUUCUGUACGUAUUGACUGGUUAUUCUUUUCAAGGAUAUUUCGACUUUUCAUUUUCCUCGGAUUCUGAAGUCGGGUUUGGUAACAGUUGUCAUGAUGAGUUGCUAUAAUUCACUCUUCGAGCACAUCUCGUCUCGGAUGAUACCUCCACAUCCCCAAAUCUCGUUCUUUCUUGAAUGGACACAAAUUUUAACAUAGCCGCAAAACAGCAUACAUCCCCGUCCCAUCAAUGAUGCCCCGACCCCUCCUCUCCAAAACAUUCGGGCUACAUUACCGAAAAAUCCCGGUCCUCUCCAUCGGCCGCGAGGUCUACUGCGACACGACCGUCAUCAUCGAAGCGCUUGAGCACUACUUCCCUGCCUCCCAAGGCUGGGGCACCGUGUAUCCCAAGUUCGACGGCGUGGACGAAUGGGUGUACCGCGGCUUGGUCCGCGGAUUCGCGAGUUUCUGGGUUGAUAAACCACUCUUCCGCACAACAACGGGCCUUAUCCCCCCUUCCGUCUGGCGCACAUCCUUCGGCACCGACCGCAGCGCCCUAAUCGGCCACACCCUCGACCCGGAAAAACUCGGCGCCAAAAUCCCACAGAACCUAUCUACUCUCGACCUGCACCUCUCCCUCCUGGAGCCUACGUUCAAGUCCGCGGGCACGUGGGCCAUCCCCACGAAGCAGCCCUCCCUCGCGGACAUCUCGCUGUACUAUCAACUGAGGUGGGGGAUCGACAUUGCGGCCGGGAAGGGGAUAUAUAACCUCACAGGUGGCGGGACACAGGAUACGCAGAGCAAUAUCACGGAUGAGGUGUUCAAUGAGAAGAGGUAUCCGGGCAUAUGGAAUUGGUUCCACGCGCUGGAGGCGUACCUCGAGUCUCUGCCUGAUCUUGAGACAACGGUCGACGGGGAGGCGAGUGGAGAGUGGAAGGAAGCGUUGAGGAAAGCAAAGACUGUGGCGGAAGAGGAUCUCCUUGUUCCUACGGAAGUGGAUGAGGUGUUGGAUGUAGAUGUUCAGAGGGGUUUGGAAUCUGGUGCCGCGGUAUCGAUUGCGCCUGAUGACACGGGAAGAGAUGAUCCAACCGUAGGGACGUUGGUGAAGAUCGGAGUGCAAGAGAUCGUAAUCAAACCGGUUGCUGAGGCGGAGCUAGAUGUCAGGAUUCAUUUUCCGAGAUUGGGUUUUGUGGUCAAGAUCGUGGAUGCGAGCAAAUUGUAGGGCAGGGCAGGGCAAAGGGUCAUCUAGGAGUUCACAUAACUUUGGUUUUCGGGCGCAUUGAUAGAUAGAGGGAUAUUAUUCAAACUUGUAUGAACGGGAUCUGCUGAAAACAGCGGUUGGUGAGCUACAGGGUAUUAUUGCCAAAGGCGAGACCUACGUGAGAGGUGGCUCGCCCUCUUGAGCACAUGUAGUCCGAAGUUUAAACAAAAAUCCUACGUAGUCAAUAUACGACCCUAAAACAUUACUCAUGCGGCUCAACAAG